GGUGUUCUAGUUAAGCCUUGACCACAGAGAAAAAAAGACUGUAUUGUCUUUUAUAACUUUAAAGUUGUUUUAUUUUUAAUUAAAGGCAAUCAAAGGAUACGAUGGUAAAAACCUUCUUUAGAAAAGUUCAUUUGAAUUAAUAAUCUGACUCACCAUGUGUUCUAAAAGUUGUCUUGCCAAUGUAUUGGAAAGAACGUUCGAGAUGAAAAGAUAACUUAUUUAAAAUGGUAGGAUCUAUUGAGCAAGAUAUGUUAUAUGAUUGGAAGGAAUAUAUUUUGUGUGUUCCCUUUAAAGAUCGUAUCGUCAAAAAUAGAUAAAUAACCAAAAAAUGAUUGCUCAAGGACAUGGCCUUAUCAUAUUGCUGGUGUUUUAUAUCUCUUUCUUUCUAUCAUAUUAUUUCUCUAUUUGUUAUCGUAUCAGCCUUUUUACACAGAUCACUUGUUUGUUAAAAAGGUAUGUCCUACAUAAUUGAGCCUGGGUAUUAAGUUGUUAUUGACAUCGUGUGAGUUCGUGUUUUUUUAUUGGAAAAAGAAAGGCUAUUGACCCUGUGGCGAAUUUUACUGUUCUUUUUGGUGUCAUAGAAGUAAGUUGUGUUAAGUGAAGGGAUGUUGGGUUUUCUUUUUUUCUCGUUGUGUGCAUGGGUUUUCUUUUUUUUUGUUUUGAAACAUUCUAUUAUUACUGUAUAGUACAUUAUAUUAUGUUAUUUCGUAAAUUGUAUAGAAGAAGAAUUUCAGUAAAAUUAAUACACUAAAAAAAGAAAGGCAGAAUUUUGUAUAGGACUGUUUUAAAUAUUUCAGUUGAUGGUUAACUUUCAACUGUUUUCUUUCAUUUUACGCAAUCAUUUCACUAAUGUGCUUUGUGCUAAACUAUAAGUGCAUUCAAUUUUAGAUAUUUGAUUACUAACAUUCUAGCUAGUUAUUUCUGUUAUAAAGUGUAGGUUAUGAUUUUUAGACCUUAUAAAACAGCCAGUACCAAAAUAUUACCUAAAGCAUAUUUACUAACUAAAAGUAGAUCCUCUUUUGUGUAGCUUUUGUAUUUGUAAAGACCUGCAAGGAGAUUUGGGUUUCAUGGGGAGUAAUAAUAGACAAUAUUAUAUUUUGCUUGAUAAUUUCUGUUGAUUUAUCCAUUUUAUAGUUACAGUAAUCAAUUACAUUUAAGUGGAAGUUAUAAGUUUAUUUCUCUUGCGACAAUUACGUUCCUCAUUUCCUGUUUCCAUCUAUGUGUAACAACUUCACAAGCAUCAUAGCUAGUUGAGUUCUGCAUCAAUGAUAAACUUCUUUCGCUUUUUUUUUUAGGAUUUCAAUCAUGGAGUUGAAUUGCUCAGAAACCACAUUAAAAUACCCCUCUUUGAGCAACAUUGAUAUAUAUGUGCUUACGUUUUUAUAUACCGUUAUUACAAUCUUUGGAAUGGUAUCUAAUAUAUCCAUCAUUAUAGCUGUACUUUCCACGAAACAGCUAAGAAAAAAACAGCAGUUUAUUUUACUCAAUAUUGUCGUAUGUGAUAUAUUAACCAUAUUAGUUUCGGCACCGUAUUACAUAUAUUCAGUCAAUGUAAAAAUAAUUCGAAAAACUGAAUUAGCAGUGCGCAUGUGCAAAAUGUAUUUAUAUUUCUCGUAUGCCUUGGGAUAUGUUUCCAUUUUAUCGAUGUUAUUUAUUUCACUGGAUAGGUAUUCUGCAAUUGUAUAUCCUUACCUCUAUCAUGAACACAUGACACCUAAGAUAUUAAGGUUGUGCAGUGUGUUAUGCUGGUUAAUUCCUGCUUUGGCAUGUUUCGCUCCGGUUGUUAUUGAUUGUUGGUUAGAUUAUGAUGGAAAACCUGGUGGAAUUUGCGGAGUACAAUGGACCAAGGUCAAUACUGUUUAUGUGUGUUUACUAAUCGGGAUGCUUUUCAUAUUACCGACCUGUUUGAUUUUUUUCACCAAUAUUAGAGUGUUUAGGAUAGCACGGAAGCAAAGAAGAAUUGGGCCGGGACCAAAUCCAGGAAGUUCAGGCGUAUCUCAAAAAAGAAUGAGUCGUGCUAUAUCUACAUCAGAAAGUGAUAUAAACAGCAAUUUUUCCCGACGUAUGUCGGCGUUUAUUAAAAUUAAACGCCGUUUGUCGAGCACAACAUUAACAAGAUCAGUUACGUCACGUGAUAUUCAAAUCGCAGUUGCCACACUUCUUUUGAUUGGCUGCUACUUGUUGUCAUGGCUACCCUUUGUAAUACCUAGAAUGCUGUACACAUUUGAAAUUGGAGUCCCCUCACAGUUGAUAUCUUAUACUCCGGCAUUUGCUUUUUCGAAUGUUCUCUGGGACCCAUUUCUAAUUCUAGGUUGUCGAAACGAAAUAAGAAAAGGUGUGAGAAGAAUUUACCGCACAGCUAAAUGUUUUAUAUUUAACAAGGAAGAUGUUACCAGUGGACAAACGAACUGAAAAAAAUCUUUUAAUUUAAUUUUUUUUAUUUAUUAAAUUUUUUUAUUGAUUGAUUAUGUGUACAUUAAAUUUUUGAAUUUAUGGAAAUAAGGGAUAUUUUUCAGAUGUAUAAAAUGUCCAAAUUUUGUUCAAUUUAAACAAUUGGGAAACAAUUUUACACCAUAAAAAGUCUCAUUUCCUAACAGAUAAAAUUUUUCUCCAAAUAAAAAUAUUUUAUAUUUUAAAACUUAUCUCAAAAAUAGAUUUCAGACAGGAUUAGGCAAAGAAAACUCGAGAAGCUUGCGGCGCUUAAUACAUUUUUUAAGCAGUGUACGAUUAGUUAAGGCGUGACUUAGCUUUCAGCUCCUUCUAAGAGUAAGGUUCAUAGAACAUGGCAAAGAGAAUAUAGAUCUAUUUUGUGUUAUAGUAACAUCAUAUUUGUAAAGCUGUAAUAGCCACUCGCUGGAUGGUAAAGGUCAAUGAUGGUAAAUUUGACAAGAAUUGAGUCUUCGAUUGUGCUGUAUGUUAGUACUCCAAGCCUUAUCGAAUUGUUAAUGAUGUCAGACUAAUACAACCAAACGUACCUCUUAUUGUCGCUUAUCAAAACCUUUUCUUCCACUAAUUACUAAUUCCCUUAUUAACUUAUUUCAAACAGGUUUUAAAUCCACAUUGGCUGUUCUUGAUGUUUCUGAUCUACUAUAGCCAAGCAUUAUCUUUUUCACACGAUGUUGUUGUUGAUCAAAAAUGUCAAAGGCGAUAAUAAAUUUAUUCUUUAGCAAAAGAAGAAUAAUCCUGUGAAAGAAAGCUUUAUUUUGCCGCCUUUCCUUGCUAUCAAUUUUCAGUAAGUUUUUUGUUUAAAAAAAAUUGUAUGGUUGAUGAAUUGAGUUCGCACUGAGUUACAAAAUGUGAGAAUUUGCUGGACUAAGGUUCACCAAUGUUUGAGCUAAAGAAUAACAUUAAGGCCCAUUUGACAGGUUCUUUGUUCUUUCAUAAGGCCAUGUUCACACAGAUUUCGUCCUGGAUUAGGUGUCCGUCCACACGCAACCGAACUUCUCCGAUAUGCAAAACAAAAUGAUUCCGUUGCGAUGAAAUUUUAAAGAAUGGUUUUGUUGAGCGCCAUCGUGUAAAAAGAAAAAGCGAAACACAAUGCCACACAUGAAAGGUGAACAAACGUUAAUGUUGUCUAAUGGAAAUAUUAUAAGGAGCCAGUUCAAGUUUGUCUCUACACAUACAUUCGGAACAAUUCCUCUCAGAAUGAUUUCUAUCACCAACGUGUGAACAUACUUACGGUGGCAUAUAUGUGACAUUUUUAGGUACACUUAUAAUUGUAAAAGCUAACUGGCGGUUUUUGACGGUUAGGAGAGCUAAAUUUCUGAUUUCGGGGGUUAGGAGAGCUAACUAGCGGUCUUCAACAGUUAGAAGAGCUAACUGUCUAAUUUCGACAGUUGGAAGAGUUAAGUGGUGGUUUUUCGACAGUUAGGAGAGUUAACUGGCGGUUUUCGACAGUUAGGAGAGCUAAGUGGUGGUUUUCGACAGUUAGGAGAGCUAAGUGGUGGUUUUCGACAGUUAGGAGAGUUAACUGGCGGUUUUCGACAGUUAGGAGAGCUAAGUGGUGGUUUUCGACAGUUAG